AUGUGGAAACCAAUCAUUGAAGGAUACCUCCGUUUGUUGAGGCAUCACCCAGUGGGCACUCCAGACUACAAGGACAUUACUGAUGUUCUGAAGGCAGUGAAUGAGAUUGACCGUGUACAAACUCAUAUCCCUGAAGCCCCGAAUAAGGAGGCAGCUACUCCUGAGGCAACGUCUACUGAGAGGCCAAGCAUGAGCACAACUCUUGCCAGACAUGGCUCUUGUCCACUUGUUGCUACCCCUCAAGUUGUCCCCACCCCUGAUCCCUCUCCAUCCACCCCACAUCCAUCUCCUAGCCCCAACAUCCCUUCAUCCACCCUACGUCCAUCUCCUACCCCCAACAUCCCUCCACCCACCCCACAUCUAUGUCCUGGGUCUGACAUCCCUCCACCCACCCCACGGUCAUUUCCUGAGCUUUCACCCAUUCCAUCGUUUGACCUGAGUAUUGAUUCAACCCCUCUUGACAUGCACACAGAGCCACCCUCCCACAGUAUGUCUAUUGGCCCUUCUUCGAGCAUCAACCCACCCCAUACUAACCAUGUUCAGGCUGAGCAAGUUGUUGGAUUACCUGCACAGCCAGAAAGUCAGCCGAAAUGCAUAUCAAAGGCACCUCCUUGUGGGAUAGGUGGUCACAAACAUGGACACAAAGCUAGACACGAGGCAUCUGACCAAGGACAUGCAAGACCUCCUCCUUCACAUAAUAAACAUUAUAUGGUCGCAUAA